AUGGCGGGUUUGGUUCGCUCCGCGCUCCGGCGCGGGCUCGCAUCGAGCGGCGCGUGGGGACCGGCGCGCGCGUUCAGCACGCGCGCGUCCGUCGUUCUCGCCGACACGCCCUUCCAUUACCAGGACCUUUUCGAACCCGGAUCGCCAAAAGACGUCCCGUGGAGGAAGAUCACCUCCGAGCACGUCAGCGUGGUGGAGGCUGCCGGGCGCAAGGUCCUCAAGGUUGAGCCCGAGGCGAUCCGCUUACUCGCGCAAGAGGCGAUGACCGACAUCGCGCACCUGUUGAGGCCCGGGCACCUGCAGCAGCUCGCCAACAUCCUCAAAGAUCCCGAGGCUUCCGACAACGAUCGCUUCGUCGCGCUCGAGCUCCUCAAGAACGCUAACGUCGCCGCGGGGAUGGUCCUGCCGGGAUGCCAGGACACCGGCACCGCCAUCAUCAUGGGCAAACGCGGGCAAAACGUCUGGACCGACGGCAACGACGAGGAGAUGAUCAGCAAGGGAGUCUACGAUACCUACGUGAAGCGAAACCUGAGGUACUCGCAGGUGGCGCCCCAGACGAUGUUCGACGAGAAAAACACGGGUUCCAACCUCCCCGCGCAGAUCGACCUCUACGCCAAGGACGGAGACGAGUACCACUUCCACUUCAUGGCCAAGGGCGGCGGCAGCGCCAACAAGACGUUCCUGUACCAGGAGACCAAGGCGCUCCUCAACCCCGAGCGCAUGGUCCAGUUUCUGGAGGAGAAAAUCAAGACGCUGGGAACCGCGGCGUGCCCGCCGUACCAUCUCGCGUUCGUCGUCGGCGGCUUAUCCGCGGAGCAGAACCUGAAGACGGUCAAGAUGGCGAGCGCGAGGUACUACGAUGACCUGCACACGAGCGGCAACGCGCACGGCAGGGCGUUCAGGGAUCUGGAGAUGGAGGCGCAGAUCCACGAACUCACCCGGCGAAUGGGCAUCGGCGCGCAGUUCGGGGGCAAGUACUUUUGCCACGACGUCCGCGUCGUUCGACUCCCCCGGCACGGCGCGUCCUGUCCGGUGGGCCUCGGCGUGUCCUGCAGCGCGGACCGGCAGGCGCUGGGUAAGAUCACGUCACAGGGCGUCUUCGUCGAGGCGCUGGAGACGGACCCCUCAAGAUUUCUCCCAGACGUCACAGACGACCACCUGGACCCGAGCGGCCCCGUCGUGGACGUCGACUUGACGCGACCGAUGUCGGAGAUUCGCGAGCGCCUCUCCGCGUGCUCCGUCAGCACCAGGCUCAGGCUCACCGGGCCGCUCAUCGUCGCCAGGGACAUCGCGCACGCCAAGAUCAAGGAACGGUUGGACGCCGGCGAGGAGAUGCCGGCGUACAUGAAAGACCACGCGGUGUAUUACGCCGGACCGGCGAAAACCCCGGACGGGAUGGCGAGCGGAUCGUUCGGGCCGACCACGGCCGGGAGGAUGGACUCGUACGUGGACGCGUUCCAGGCCGCGGGCGGGAGCAUGGUGAUGCUCGCCAAGGGCAACAGGAGCGCGCAGGUGACGCGCGCGUGCAAGAAGCACGGCGGGUUUUACCUCGGGUCCAUCGGCGGUCCCGCCGCGAUUUUAGCGCAGAACAACAUCAAGAAGGUGGACGUGCUGGAGUUCCCGGAGCUGGGGAUGGAGGCCAUCUGGAAGAUCGAGGUUGAGGAUUUCCCCGCGUUCGUCAUCGUGGACGACAAGGGCAACGACUUCUUCAAGAAGUGGCAGACCUGA